UUUGAUGUGCCAAAAGCACCUCGCCUCUCUGGUCGUCUUAGUGUUAGCUGCUUCCACAAGAACAAGCCGAUGCGAGUAGGCAUUGCUUGUUCUUGGUUUCGAACAGCAACUAGCGCGUCCACGGCUGCGUCCCACACGCACCUUGCGAACCAUCCCACCGUCGCGUCCCGAGAAACCUUGGCGUUUGUAUUGCCUUGUGGCCGUUGGUUUUCGACUUGGCUCUUUGCCAACAAGAACUCACUUGUACUCUUGCGCGACUAUGAUGCCCCCGACUCUGUCCAAGACCGCCCCCGCGGCGUCGCCAACGCCGACGACGCAGCCCCCACUCUUGUAUCAAGUGCUGCUGUUUGCGAGCCCGCAGUUCUACAGCUUCCCAUGGAAGCCGCUGCUCAACCGCCUCGUCGGCGACACCUACCCCGUGGCCGUCGCUCACUUUGCACCCCACCACGCCACGCGCGCCAACCUCGCGCUGCACUUUGUGUGCCUCCUCGUGCAGCUCUCGGGCAACUUUUGCUUUCUUACGCUGUUGGACGAGACAUUGUUUGGCUCGAGCGCGCGUCCGUUCUCGCUGGCGACGGCGCUGCUCUGGUCGGUCUAUUUGGUGCUUGGCGCGACGACCGCGCCGCUCUGGUGCAACGUGGCUGCGGUCGCGAGCAUUUUAGCGGCGUACGCUGCUGCGCCAUUGCUUCUCCAGCAGCCAACGGCGUUAAUGCUGGUGCCGCUGGUGCUGUACGUCAUUGUUGCGAUCUCGUCGGGCGCCUGUGUGCCGGGGUACACGCGUCUCGGCGCGGCGGUGCAGGUCGCGAUCUUUCUUGGGCUCUUGUACGCUGGCUGGACGUACCUCGAGUCGCUGCCUCCCGCGCCGAUUGACGUUGGGGUGCCCUAUACGAUUGGCUUUUGCAUCGUCUUGGUGCUCUUGGCCGCGCUGCCCUACCCCACGCUGCCCACCGUUUUGUUUGGCGGACUCGUCGGCCGGUCGCUCGGUAUUUGGACGCGCCAGCCACUUCUGACGCUGUACUGCUACGGGUACUUUGGCUCGCUUCUCCAAGUGCUGGCGCACGGGCUGGCCAAGGAGCAAGCGACGCUGUUUGCGCUCGAAGACGAGGGGUCGCUCAAGAUGGUCCGCUACGAGUACACUCACGUGACGUACUUUCCCACGCUCGUGUACGAAGGAAUCUACGUGGCCGCCUACCGCCCGCACGACACGAAGAAAAAGGAGGCGUAGGAAGCAUACGUCGGUUGUUUGGUGAUGUUGUAAGCCUUGGGCAUGAAUUUGGCAGGCAGUUUGAGUUUCA